AUGGACGCCAACCAGCUGCGCGAGCUGGAGACGCUGUGCCGCGUGCUGUACGAGAGCGGCAACGAGGCGGAGCGCGCGCACGCGCAGCAGGCCGUGCUCAUCCUGCAGAGCUCGGCCGAGUACAUCCCGCAGUGCCAGUACGUGCUGGACAACUCGUCGUCGCCCUACGCGCUGCUCGUGGCCAGCACAAGCCUCACGAAGCUCAUCACGUCGCACUGGAACAACUUCACCACGCCGCAGCGCGUCGACAUCCGCAACUAUGUGCUCGGGUACCUGGCCCAGAAGGGGCCGACGCUCGAGAAGUUCGUGACGACGUCGCUCAUCCAGAUGGUGUGCCGCCUCACCAAGUACGGCUGGUUCGACGACGAGCAGCACCGCGAGAUCGUGGCCGAGGUGACCAAGUUCCUGCAGGCCACGGUGGACCACUGCGUCAUCGGGCUGCAGAUCCUGAGCGAGCUCGUGACGGAGAUGAACCUGCCCGUGGCAGGGCGCAACAUCACGUUCCACCGCAAGAUCGCCGUGUCCUUCCGCGAGGACUCGCUCUUCCGCAUCUUCCAGGUCGCGCUCACGUCCAUCAAGCAGCUGCAGAUGCACAACAUCCGCGGCGCGUCGCCCCAGCAGGAGGCGCGCAUGGGCGACCAGGCGCUCGCGCUGCUCAUCAAGUGCCUGUCCUUCGACUUCAUCGGCACGAACCCGGACGAGUCGUCCGAGGAGACGGGCUCGCUGCAGGUGCCCACGUCCUGGCGCUCGGUGAUCCAGGACCCGGACACGAUCCAGCUGCUCUUCGACUUCUACAAGACGACCAACCCGCCCAACACGUCCAAGUGCCUGGAGGCGCUCAUGCUCUUCGCCUCCGUCAGGCGCAACCUCUUCUCGCCCGACAAAGAGCGCAGCGUGUACCUUGCGCACUUGCUCAAGGGUAUCUGCGCCAUCCUGCGCGCGCAGGAGGGACUGUCGGACCAGCAGAACUACCACGAGUUCUGCCGCUUGAUCGGCAGGUUGAAGUCGAACUACCAGCUCUCGGAGCUCAUGAAGACCGAGUCGUUCCAGGAGUGGAUGGAUCUCACGCCCGACUUCACGAUCAAGUCGUUCCGCCAGUGGCAGUGGUCCGCCAACUCGACGCACUACUUGCUGGCCCUGUGGGCGAGGCUCGUGGCUGCUCUGCCCUACGUGCGCGCGGACUCGGUGCCCGGAUCGCCCAACUCCGGGGCGAUCAACUUUUUGGAUACGCGCGUGCCACAGGUUAUUCAGGCUUACAUCCAGUCGCGGCUCGACUCGGCGGAGCAGUGCGCGCUUGACGACACGCUGGACAACCCGCUGGAUGACGAGGGUGGGCUGUAUGAGCAGCUGGAGAAGCUGCCGACGCUGUGCCACUUCAACUACCGCCAGACUGGCGAGUACAUCGUAUCAGUGUUGGAUCCGAUCCUGAAUCAGUACGCGGAGGCGUGCAGCAUUUUGGACCAAAGUGGCGGGGCCGCGAUCCCUCCGCAGCAGCAACAGCAGCUCGAAAGCAUGGAGAACCAGACUGCGUGGCUUGUGUACGCUAUUGGCGCCAUCAUCGGCGGUCAGACGUACUCGUCCACGUCGACCGAGGGGGACGAACUUGUAGACGCGGACCUCUCGCAGCGCGUGUUCCGGGCGAUGCAGCUGACGGAGCAUCGGAUCAUCGCGUCGGGCGGCCAAACAAAGCCUAGUGUGCACUUUGAGUUAUCGUUGCUAUACUACUUUAGCAGCUUCCGCAAGAGCUACAUCGGCGAACAGCACGGCAUGCCGUCGGCGCCCACGCCGCCGUCCUCCAUGCAGCCCGCGUCCGCUGGGGCGGCUUCAUCGCCUAUCAUGGCCCCUAGUGAGAGCGCCAUGUCUUCUAAGCACAAAGCAUACUUGCGCAUGUUCGAGCGGCUAGGACUGGGCGACCACACGGUCGUUGUGAACAUGAUGGUAACGAAAGUGGGCAACAAUCUCAAAUUCUGGGGUGAGACCGAAGUGGUUAUUAGCAAGACUCUGGCGCUGUUCUUCGAGGUUGCAUCUGGGUACUCCUCGGGCAAGCUGCUCCUCGGGCUGGAAACGGUGCAGUACCUUAUUGGAAACCACACCGCAGAGGAGUUCCCGUUCCUUGCGAUACCGGCGAACACGCGGCACCGAACCACGUUCCACUCGACUAUCGCGCGGCUCAUUUUCACGACAGCGUUUGACGAAUCUUCAGAGCGUUUCGAGCGGUUUAUGGAGCCCAUUGAGAACGUGCUGAACCAGUUGCUACAGACACCCAACUACAGAGUGCCGGAAGUUCGCGAGGCUGUGAUCGGAGUGUGCCGCGACCUGCGCGGCAUCGUGCAGCAGACGCACAACCGGCGUACGUACAGCUGCAUCUUCGACUUGCUGUAUCCGGCCUACUUCCCCGUGUUCGUCCGAGCUGCUGAUGAGCUCUACGACCACCCGGCGGUGACGACUGCGCUGCUCAAGUUUUUACAGGAGCUGGCGUACAACAAGGCCCAGCGUGUCACGUUCGACCAAAGCUCAGCUAGCGGCAUCUUGCUGUUCCGGGAGCUGAGCAGCGUCGUCGUAGCGUACGGGCGGCGGAUACAACCAGUGCCGGCCGGGAAGAACCCGUACGGCGAUAAGUAUAAGGGCGUGGCGCUUUGCCUGGGUAUUCUGUACCGAGCGCUGGGCGGGAACUACGUGAAUUUUGGCGUGUUCCAGCUCUACAACGACAAGUCGCUGGAGAACGCACUAGAGAUCGCGCUGCAGCUUGUCCUAUCUAUCCCCCACGAGGACCUGAUGCACUACCCCAAGGUGAAGAACGCCUACUUCUUCUUCCUGGAGAUUUUGUUCCGGAAUCAGUUGGCUUCCGUCGUGGCGCUGGAGGACGGGAUCUUCCGGCAGCUCGUGCAGUCCUUGCACGAAGGUAUGAACUCGUACGACCUGGCUAUCGCUGCUCAGUGCGCGACAGCGGUGGAUCACCUCGCGUCGCUGUAUUUCCAGGAGAUGAAGAAGAAGCGGGAUACGCCGGUGAAGCACGCCUUGCGCGCACACGUCCAGGGCUCGCCGAACAUGUGGUCGACGCUGCUAGCGGCGCUGCUGGACAUUUUGGUGUACGGCGAGGUGAACUCGCAGUGGGCGCUGUCCCGGCCGAUCUUGAGUCUCACACUGUGCAGCGAGGAAGCGCUGACCAACUACCAGCAGUCACUUAGCUCUUCACAGCCGCCUGAGAACCGAGCGCAGAUCGAGGAGGCGUUUGCCGCGCUGUUCGCAGACGUGCGUCCCAACCUGGAGGCCGCCAACCGCGACAAGUUCACACAGAGGCUGGGCCAGUUCCGCAACACACUGCGCGGCUUCCUUACUAUCCAAUAA